AUGAAUCGUCUUAUCAUUGCGAGGCCUUUCCAGUGUUUUCAUUUUAAUGUACGAUUCUUAUCUCAAGUUCAACGUUUAAAACCCAUCAUCCCCGGAACGAAAUCUCAUGAAAAACGUUUAGAUGCAUCAGUUACUGAAGUACCUAUAAAUGGCUUCAAUCUCCCUAAGGCGGAAAUUGAUAACUUGAUAAAAAAUUCUGGUCGGCGCGAAGAUUGGCAGGUUAUCUAUUGUUUUCGAGCAAUGCCGUUAAUUCAGGCCUUUUCGAAACUAAAACUCCUUCUUACGUUUUCAUUGAUCGUUGGAACACCGAUAUCUGUGGCGUUUCAUUUCUAUGGUCAAGCUAGCUCAGAUUUAUGCUGGUUUGUUUUCGGAUCUUCUCUGUUGUCACUGACUACAUUAGGUCUCUUCAGCCACUAUUCAACAAAAGUCGUCGGUGUGAUUAGCCAACACAAACCAACGGGUCUACUACGAAUAGGUUUGUUGAGUUUCUGGGGAAAUCGGUGUAAUAUUAUCGCACGUCCAGAACAGUUUCUACCAGCAAGUGAUGUCUCAGGCCGAAGUGCCAAACGAACAGUUCGAGUGGGGCUUAUUGGUGAUGCUCUAGAAACUCAAUAUCGUUCCAUUCGUCGCUUGUUUAUAUCUUCCCUUACUGCACGUGUCCUAGAUAUCGAAUUGUUCGAGAAGUAUGUUGGAAAGAUGUGGAGGCUUAAAUAA